AUGAAGACACGUUCAGCACUGGAUGCAGCGAAACGUGCAGCAGCAUUUGCAGCCGGUGAGCAGCAUGUACGUAGCGGGUACAAAAUUGGUGUCGGAAGCGGUACAACGGCGAGAUUUUUUGUGGAAUUCUUGGCUGAACGAACAAAAGCCGGGGCACUGAAAGAUAUCGUCUGUGUGCCAUCCUCAUUCUCCACUCGAAAAUGGCUGAAUGAUGCUGGCCUACAAGUGAGUGAUCUCGAGAAGACUCCCGAUUUGGAUCUUUGUAUCGAUGGUGCUGAUGAAGUGGAUGCUAAUCUCAACUGCAUCAAAGGUGGCGGUGGAUGCUUAACACAAGAAAAGAUUGUGCAAACAAGUGCAAGCAAAUUUUACAUCAUAGCUGACCAUACGAAGCAAUCCGAAAGACUCGGAGACAAAAACUUCCCGAUUCCAAUUGAAGUAAUUCCGUUCGGAUAUGUGCCAGUAUUGAAUUGGAUCAGACGUAUGGAAGGUGGUGAAAUUGAGCUGAGAACGAACGAAAAAGAGAAAUUGGGCCCGGUGAUUACGGACAAUAAUAAUUUUAUUUUGGAUUGGAAUUUCCCAAAAAAUAAGUAUAUAACAACAAGUGACCUAGAUGCAUUGAAUACUCGACUAGUAAAGUUACCGGGCGUUGUUGAGACGGGUUUAUUUGUUGGAGUUGCCGAAAAAGCGUAUUUUGCUAAGCCUGACGGGAGUAUUACGGAACGGCUGAGACCGGACGCAACGAACUCAAAAUGA